AUGUCCCCAAAAAGCGUCGUGGUUACCGGUUCGAAUCGUGGACUGGGUUUCGGUCUUGUACAGCAAUUUCUGAAGGAUCCGAAUGUGGAGCAUGUGAUUGCAACGGCGAGAGAUGUCGAAAAAGCAACGGCCCUAAACUCGAUUUCCGACCCACGACUCCACAUCCUUCAGCUCUCUCUUGGAUGCGAUGACUCCAUUGCUGCAUUCACUGAAAAAGUGUCAGAAAUAGUUGGAGACUCCGGGCUAACUCUUCUGAUUAACAACGCCGCUGUGAUGCUUCCAUACGUCACAAAACAGAAACCAGAUCGAAAAAUCGUCAACGAGUUGUUCGAGGCGAACACAAUUGGGCCAAUGCUCCUCACUCAAUCGCUGGUCCCCCUGAUCGUAAAAUCCGCGAGCCGCCCGGAAGUUAGUACCGAUAGAUUAUCGAUUUCCCGGGGAGCAAUCAUCAACAUCGCUUCUGAAUUCUUGGGAUCCAUCGGUGACAACACUUCAGGUUCCGGGGAGUACAAGGCGAUGGCCUAUCGGAUGACGAAAUGUGCAGUCAACCAAUUUACAAAGACAUUAUCGAUUGAUUUGAAGGAAGAUCACAUUUUGAGUGCGGGGAUUUGUCCGGGAAAAGUUCAGACGGAUAUGAGCAAAGGGAAAGGAGAGUUUACGAUCGAAGAAGCCUCGACUCUCCUCGUCGAAGCGUUCAAUAAGCUUGGCGAGCAACACAAUGGAGGAUAUUUCAGAAAGGAUCUUUCGGUUAUUCCGUAUUAA